CCCCCCCCGACGUGCGCAUGCUCGGUCCGUCCCGGAGGUCGCCGGUGCCGGUGUUCAACCACGUGUGUUUUGAACUUAAGGGCAUUAUGUUGUGAAGAAAUGGGGGCUGCAGUGACUCGUGCAGUCCGGAAUUUCAACCUAGAGAACCGGGCGGAACGGGAAAUCAGCAAGUUGAAACCUUCCCCUGCUCCCAGGCACCCCUCCACCAAGACCCUCCUGCGAGAGCAGAUAAACAGCCAUCCAGAAAUUAAGGGAGAAAUUGCUAGAAAAGAUGACAAACUGUUGUCACUACUAAAAGAUGUGUAUGUUGAUUCCACAGAUCCCGUGUCUUCUGUGCAGGUCAAGGAUACAGGAGCACAUCAGAAGCCAAAGGAGUUCAGGUUGCCGAAAGACCAUCAGUUUGACAUGAUGAAUGUUAAGAACAUUCCCAAAGGCAAAAUUUCUAUUGUAGAGGCAUUGACACUUCUCAAUAAUCAUAAACUGUAUCCAGACACAUGGACUGCUGAGAAAAUAGCCAAAGAAUACCAUCUAGAACAGCAAGAUGUGAAUUCCCUUCUCAAAUAUUUUGUUACCUUUGAAGUCAAAAUCUUCCCUCCGGGAGGCAAGAAGGCAAUACAAUCAAAAUGAAGAAAAUCUUGAAAUUACUUUUCCUAUAUGUCUUCCACAUCCUCAUGCCCUGUUUAUUUUCUCAUUUUUAGCAUACUAAAUUAUAUAAAUUACCAAAUGUAUAAAGCGCCUUCCUUGCGAGAACAUGCUAUUUAUUGAGCUCUGCUGAAUUUUCAGGAUUGCUGAUAGAAGGAAUUUUGUUCUCUUUUAAAUUUUAAUUUGGUUUAGGCAUAUGUUCAUAUGUAAUAUCAGCAUGACUAAUCAGCACAUGUAUAAACGUAUUAUAAAUAAAAGAGUUAUCGUAUUUUGGCACAUCAUA